AUGCGCUUCAUUGUGCUGUUGUGUGCGCUAAUCGCCGUGGGUCUCGGCGCGAACGGGGAUAAUUGCGGUAUGGCCAAAAACGGAGUGUGCCCCUGUGGCUGCAUUGUGGAAACGCUGUGCACCCGGGUGACCUUUGGCGAUUGUGGAACGCCAAUAAAUGGGUUGUGUCCAAGCGGAUGCCGUCUCGACCCCGGUCAUUGCGUUUUCUGGUCUGACCCGAAUUGUAUAGGGCCUGCUGUUGGUGGCGUCUGUCCUACCGGUUACAAAGUCGGUGCCGGCAAUCUGUGCUGUAAGAUU